CGAGAAUAUAAAGAGGAGGGGUGAGUUUUGGUAGUUUUUCACAAAUCUGGUUUUUAGGUUUGCAUGUCCAUAGAGCAAAGCAAAAAGACCCACAAGGACAAAUGAGCCCCUCCUUUCCUUCCAUCAUCAUAUGACUCACAAGUAAAUCUAAGAAUCAAAAGACAUUUAUGCAUAUGCAAUCAACUCCUUUCCCCUGUUCCCCAAAACCACACAACCAUUACCACCUUUGAAAACUUCCCAAAAACCCAAAGGUUUGAACUCUAGACAGUGAAAUUAAAACACCAAAUUCUUAGAUUUGUGGGUUGUUUUCUAUUCUCAAUAUGAGUAACUGGUUGGGGUUUUCUCUCACUCCACACUUGAGGAUCCAUGAAGGCUAUGGUGGGGGAGAAGAUCAACAAGACCAUGGAGGAGGAGGAGGAGGAGGAGGAGGCUUCACUUCUCAAAUGACCAUCAUGCCCUUGCGCUCUGAUGGGUCUCUUUGUGUUCCUCCUGCUGAUCCUUUCAGGCGACCCAAUGGUUCUGAAGAUUGGAGAUAUGAAAACCACAUGGGUGCAACAAGUGUCACAGACCCAAAUGAUGAAGGGGGUCCAAAGCUUGAAGAUUUCUUGGGCAGCUGCUACUCAAGCUCUCCCCCUCCAAGUGAAACCAAAGUCUACAAUUGCCAAAGUACCCAACAAGACCAAAACCCAGAAACCAUCUCUCAGAUCAAUGUUAAUGAGGCCCCAAACUUCAACCCCACCACCAACAAUGGAGAAGACAACAACAACAACCACCACCUAAUUCAACCAUACAGCCAUUAUUGUACUCUAAACCCACCAAGCCUCAUCCAAAGUAAUGGCAUGUACAAAUCUUGGUUGGGCCAAACGGUACCGUUUUCUGAUGAAAAAUCAACACCAUGUGGUGAUCACCACCAGGCAAAUGGCAACAGCUUUCAUCAGUCAUCUCUCUCUCUCACUAUGAGCCCAAGCUUACAACAAAAUGGUAAUAAUAUGGGCGCAAUCUCUCAACUGCAAAUAGUGGAAAGCAAGAAAAGGCCUGUUGGGAAAUCUGCAGCUAGAGAACCAGUUCCUAGAAAAUCUAUUGACACUUUUGGUCAGCGAACUUCUCAGUUCCGUGGUGUCACCAGGCAUAGGUGGACUGGGAGAUAUGAGGCCCAUCUGUGGGAUAAUAGUUGCAGAAAAGAAGGGCAAACAAGGAAAGGAAGGCAAGGUGAGUUUUUUUUUUUCUUUCUUUUUCUUUCCAGAUUGUUUUUUGGUGAUGGAAGAAAGAUUGUUUCCUUAGUUUCUUUUUUUGGGUACUUUUGUUUGUUAAAGGAAUAUACUAACGGUCUGGUAUUUUGUUUCGUGCAAUUUUCUUCUGGGUUGGUGGUCUUUCUUCACAUCUUCAACAUUAUUGCAACUGCAGUUUAUCUGGGUGGUUAUGAUAAGGAGGAAAAAGCAGCAAGGGCAUAUGAUUUAGCUGCACUCAAGUAUUGGGGUUCAACUACCCACAUUAAUUUUCCUCUAAGUACUUAUGAGAGAGAGUUGGAAGAGAUGAAGAACAUGACAAGGCAAGAAUUUGUAGCCAAUUUGAGAAGGAAAAGCAGUGGGUUUUCAAGAGGAGCUUCUGUGUACAGAGGAGUGACAAGACACCAUCAGCAUGGAAGGUGGCAAGCUAGAAUUGGCAGGGUGGCUGGAAACAAAGACUUGUACUUGGGAACAUUUAGCACACAAGAAGAAGCAGCUGAGGCUUAUGACAUUGCUGCAAUCAAGUUUAGGGGAACAAGUGCUGUAACCAACUUUGAUAUGAGUAGGUAUGAUGUGAAGAGAAUUUGCUCAAGCUCCACCCUAAUUGCCAGUGAGCUGGCCAAGCGUUUGCCGAAAGACUCUACUCCGGCGGCAAUCGAAGACUUCAAUUCUUGUGGAUCAUCUACUUCUGCACAACCCCUUUUGGCCAUAGCAAGUGGUGAACCGUGUGAUGACAUGGCUGAAAUGGUGUGGAACGGUAAUAAUGCAGAGGAUCAUUCCCAUUCACAUCAUGAGAAUUCAAACACCACCAACAAUGCAGCAUUGGGUGCUUCAAGCAGCAGGAACUCUUCAAGCCCACAAAGCCCCAAGUGCUCAUUUGGCCACACUAGUGAGUUUGGCCUUGGUGGAGGAGACUAUUCCCAUGCUUAUUUCUCAUUGCAGGGUGCUAAGUAUGAAGAUGGCAAUGGUGGUGGGAAUGAUCAUUCAAGGCUUGGAAAUCUUGGUUUGGUUCCACAAGUGCCUAUGUUUGCACUAUGGAAUGACUGAUUAGUGGAAAAGAGCUGUGUUUUAAUUUUAAGCAUAAUUAAGGAACACAAAUUAGUCUAGGGAGAAUUGGUUAAUUUGUGGUGGAAGAAAUUAAGCAAGCUAGGUAGAUGGUAGGAAGUUAAAAAAAAAAUUACCUGGAAAUGUGGGUUGAGUUGUUCUAAAAGCCCUAACAGUUAA